AAAACAACGCAUCAUUCAACAACCCAUUACAAGACAUGAAGAUACAAAAAAAGUAAUCUAUCAUCAAAUACCCAUCACAAAACAUGAAGCGGAAGAGAAGAUCCAUCAUCAAAUACUCGUCACAAUGCAUGAAGAUACAGAAGAGGUGGUCUAUUAUCAAAUACCCGAAGUAACAAAAGUUAAAGCAAUGUUUGAAAGAGACAAACUUAUUAAAAAAGAAUAA